AUGCAUAUUUUUACCGUGCCUGGCAAUACGAUGUGCUUGAAUGGCAGGUUAAUAGCAGCCGUCUUACUACUGCAGGCGUUAACGCUUGCCAGAUGUCUGCAGCUGACGGAUAUCACCGUGCCGGAAGUGGUGGAUGUACGCGAGACGGUAACGCUUUCCUGCAGCUACGACAUGGGACUGCACAAGCUCAACUCCGUCAAAUGGUACAAAGACGAGCGGGAAUUCUUCAGAUACUCGCCGAUGAUGCCCAAGAGCCUGAUGUUUUUCGACGUGGACGGUGUGACGUUGCUGGAGAAUUCGACGGUACAGAUCUGCAAUCAGUUUAUGUGCAGCAUUCAGCUGUACAAGCUCACCAUUCGCUCGAGCGGCUCGUACCGGUGCGAAAUAUCUGGCGAUGCGCCAGAGUUCAAGCUGGCGCACGGCGUCGGUAAUAUGACGGUGGCCGUCUACCCACAGUUCGAACCCAUCAUCAAUGGACUGCAGCAUAAUGGGGCACAACAUAACUACGCGCUCGGUGAUUUCGUUGUAGCGAACUGUUCAUCCGAUAUGUCCAGCCCGCCGGCCCGGCUUUACUGGUACAUCAACGACCGCAACGUACCGUCGGAAUACCUCCAGCCGCAGCAUGAAACGACGGUGGAGAACGAUGGCUUUCUGUUGCGAUCCCGCACGCUCGAGAUUCGCUUUUACAUCGACGAGAAGCGGCUCGGCAAGCUAAAGGACAAGCUGGUGCUGAAAUGUUUGGCACGGAUCGACUCCAUCCCGCAGGCAACGCGCGAGUCAACGCAGAUCAUCCACAUCCCGACAACGGACGCGCUGCGCAACCAAAAGCUGAUCAAUUGGCGCGGAUCCGAUGCUUCAUCACUGCAUCACACAGACAUAUGCCAGAUGUUUGUCGUGCUCUGCCUCGCACUACGCUUCUACACGUGGCUUGUAUAA